CCACCAAGUAAAAAAGUUGGUCAAGUCAAAAUCGAACAUGUAAAAACCUGCUCUUGGAAAUUGGAAUCGAAUCAAUCAAAUCAAUCAUCAAGCCGUGAAGGGAUAUAGAAUAACAAGGAUACGACGCUUGACAAAGUUAUAUUUUCUAGGAAAAAUACAAAAAAACAUUCUUAAAAAAGUAUUGACUAUUCAAGAAAGGCAUGCAAAAAGUUGAUUAAAGAGUGUGAAACUCGUGAAUUUUCGGAAAAAUGGAAGACGACAGUGAGCAGGACAACUUGAUCGAGGAUGAUUAUUAUGCAUUUAUGAACGUCCCGAGAAAUGCGAGCAAUGAAGAGAUCAUAAGUGCAUAUCGCAGACUCAGCAAAUUGUAUCAUCCUGAUAAACAUCCGAACCCGGAUCACAAAAAGGAAGCUGAAAUUUUAUUUAAUCGAACCAGGAGAGCAUACGAAGAAUUCACAGCCCAAAAUGCCCUCAACAUAGAAGAAAUAGGAGUUGGAACGUUCGGCGGGUUUGUUGAGUACGGUGCAGAGAAAAAGGUUUCAAAUUACACCUCGCUUUCAACUGCAGUUCGUGUCGGAGUACCGACGGGAGUUUCACUUAGAAUUAGAUUAAGUCGAGGAUCUCAAAGCUACACCUUCCCGAUUCAUUUGUGUGACGAAAUUUUCCCAGCUCCUGUUUUUUAUGCAACAGUAGCUCCGCUGAUUACAUGGACGAUAAUUAAAAAGUUUAUCAUUGAUCCCGUCGUAAAGGAGCAAAAAGAACGUAGUAAAGAGAAACAGAGGGAAAUUAAUAAAUCCAUGAUGCUGGAAAAGCAAAAGGAAGCGAAAGCAGCCAUUGAGUUGAUGAAAGCGACUUUUAGUCGAAUUAGAUCCGAGGAAGAGCAUCGAGGAGGAAUAGUAAUUACAAAAGCUCUAUAUGGAAGGUUGGUUUAUCCACAGGAUCGAGUUUUAGGAGAAGAUCCGACAAUUGGACUUAGAGACGAAGUCAUUGAUGUCACUAUUCCAUUGCAAUGCUUGGUGAAUGAAUCUAAAUUAGUUCUUCAUAAUGCAACUAAGAGUCAGCUCCCAGGAUUUUUUGAUCCGUGCGUCGGGGAAGAUAAGCAGUUACUUGUGCAAUAUUUAUUUCACGCACAAAUUCAUGAAUGUAUUAUUAAGGACAAUGAACCUUUGAGGAUACCAAAACAAUCACAUCGAGUGAAUACUACAUGACGCAAGAAAACUCUUCACAAAGGCUAUUUUUUGACUUGAAAAAUAUUCAGCAUGCAGAUUCGUUGAAUUUAUGGAAGCUUUAUAGAUGAAAAUCCAUAUAUUUGUUAUUCAUUUAUGUGGUUUACUGAUUUCCUCUCUCGAAGACCUGCAUUUUUUUUUACUGUAAUCACGCCUUUGAAGGCUGAUUGAGAGUUUUUUUUUCAUGUAACAUCUAAAAAUAGACCACAUAUAGUGGUUUUAACCUAGAAUCUGCUUGUGAUAAAAAAAUUGUAAUGUCUAUGAUGCAGUUUGAAUAGAUUAUAUAUGUACAUUAUUUUUCCCUUGCAAAAUAUUUCUGGGCGUUUCUACGCACAAGUAUAAGUAAAAGUUCUCUAA